CUUCCCUCCCUCCCCGCCCCAGAGCUCCGGCGGGACCCCGCCGGCGACAUGGCUGCAAAAAGUAGGAGUAAGGGCAAAUCGCCAAGCUGCUUUGGCUACCCCUUGAGCAUCUUCUUCAUCAUCAUCAAUGAGUUCUGCGAGCGGUUCUCCUACUAUGGCAUGCGAGCGGUGCUCGUUUUGUAUUUCAAAUAUUUUCUGCAAUGGGAUGACAACUUGUCUACAGCCAUCUACCACACAUUCGUUGCUCUGUGCUACUUGACACCGAUCCUUGGAGCACUCAUUGCGGACUCUUGGCUGGGGAAGUUUAAGACUAUUGUCUCCCUGUCCAUUGUCUAUACCAUUGGACAGGCAGUCAUGUCUAUCAGCUCCAUAAAUGACCUGACGGAUCACAACUGGGAUGGCUCUCCUGACAAUAUAUCAGUUCACAUUGCUCUGUCCAUGACUGGCUUGAUCCUUAUUGCGCUUGGUACUGGUGGGAUCAAACCUUGUGUCUCAGCGUUUGGUGGAGAUCAGUUUACAGAUGAUCAGGAAAAACAAAGAACUAGAUUCUUCUCUAUCUUCUAUUUGUCCAUUAAUGCUGGAAGUCUCCUGUCUACUAUAAUCACCCCAACUCUCAGAGCUCAAGAGUGUGGCAUUCACAGCAAACAGCGGUGUUACCCACUAGCUUUUGGAGUUCCUGCUGUUCUCAUGGCUGUCUCCUUGGCUGUGUUCAUAAUCGGAAGUGGAAUGUACAAGAAAGUUAAGCCACAAGGAAAUAUAAUGAUUAAAGUUUCCAAAUGUAUUGGAUUUGCCAUCAAAAACAGGUUUCGGCAUCGCAGCAAGGAGUUCCCCAAGAGAGAGCACUGGCUAGACUGGGCGAGUGAGAAGUAUGAUAAACGACUGAUUGCUCAGACUAAGGCGGUGUUGAAGGUGCUUUUCCUUUACAUCCCUCUACCCAUGUUCUGGGCACUUUUUGACCAGCAGGGGUCAAGAUGGACACUGCAAGCCACAGCAAUGGAUGGGAAUUUUGGAUCUAUGAAGCUUCAGCCAGACCAAAUGCAGACUGUGAAUCCAAUCCUGAUUAUUAUAAUGGUGCCAGUUGUAGAUGCUGUGGUUUAUCCCUUAAUCAAGAAAUGCAAGAUCAAUUUUACGCCCCUGAGGAAGAUCACUGUUGGCAUGUUCCUGGCAUCUUUGGCUUUUGUUGCUGCUGCCCUUGUGCAAGUGCAAAUAGAUAAAACUCUUCCAGUUUUCCCUGCAGCUGGGCAGUCCCAAAUCAAAGUAAUAAAUCUAGGUACUGACGGUGCCACAGUUCGGUUUGAAUCUCCACUUCAGAGUGUGAAUGUAAUGUCUAUGGAGUCGACGGGCUACAUGACAUUUGAGACUUCUCAGUUGCAAUCAUUAAAUAUAAUUUCUGGAAAUAAAACUAGAACUGAAGUUAUCAAGUUGCCAGGGGGAAACCGUCACACUCUUGGAAUUAAAAAUACUGCCACAGACAUUGUUGCUAACUGGCUGUUUGACAAUGUCACAUCAAAACCAGAAGAAGGAAAUAAUCUCAUCAGGUUCAUAAACAAUUUUCCUGAUACUAUCAAUGUCACUAUGGGUAACACUCCUUUUGGAACACUGAUGUCUCUUUCUGCCAGUAAUUACAACCUCUUUUCAGGAGGAAGAAAAUAUAAUAUUACGGCUAUUAUAAAUUCAGAGCUUUGUUCAGUUAAUUCAAAGGCAUUAGGAUUUGGCAGUGCCUAUACGAUUGUAAUUAACAGGUGUACUGGAGAAACUCUUGAUGUAACAUAUUCUGAAGAUAUCUCACCCAAUACAGUCCACAUGGCUUGGCAGAUCCCUCAGUAUUUUAUUCUGACAUGUGCAGAAGUAGUCUUCUCUGUCACUGGGCUAGAGUUUUCAUACUCACAGGCCCCAUCUAACAUGAAGGCAGUGCUGCAGGCAGGAUGGCUGUUGACAGUGGCUGUCGGUAACAUAAUUGUCCUUAUUGUGGCUGGAGCAUCCAAACUCAGUGAGCAGUGGGCAGAGUAUGUGCUGUUUGCUGCCUUGCUGUUGGCAGUUUGCAUCAUUUUUGCUGUCAUGGCUUAUUUUUAUACCUAUACUGAUCCAAAUGAGAUUGAAGCCCAACUCGAUGAGGAAGAAAAGAAACAAGUCAAAAAGGAUCAAGAUGCCUAUGAAAAGCAAGCUGAAGCUGUCUCUCGGAUGUAAAAGGUGUAUUCAAGGAGUGUUUGUAAAUUAUGGUAUCCCAUUAACUCUCCCUGCAGUAAGAGGAGUCAGGGUAUCAGUAACACCUUUGGGUAAUACAUCUCAUGGGGAGAGGUUAAGAAAAACUGUUUUAACUUAAAAGGCAGCCUCUCUUGGGAAGCAAGAGGAAAAGAUUGGUCUUUCUACUGAACGUGGUACGGUGAAGAAACUCCAGCAGAAUUUGCACUCUUAAUGUACCUCAAGCUUAAAUACCAUAGCAUUAAAAUAUUGAAAUUGCACUCAGCACUAUUAGACCCUGUGAAAAGAUGUAUUUUUAUACUGCAUUUCAAUUUUAUAUCAUUAAAGAAACAUAUAUUGCCAAGAAAGAGUAAUUGAAGCCAAGUUGUCUGCAUGACCCCUCUAGCCUCACUGUUACUUGAAAGCAGCAGGUCACAUGUGCCUUAAAUUCUUUUAUACUUCCUUAUGGAUAAUGGGAGCAAAG